AUGACCCAGACCCUCAACAAGAAGGAAGACCCUCUUAAUCUGGGCGGCGGCUGGUCCUCCUCUGUCCCCUUCCGCACCUGGUCAUCCUACCAUCGAAGACGCAGAGGCGCGCCGAUCUACAAGCGGCGGUACCACUAUGGCCCCAAGCCUGAGUUUCAGCCACCCAGGAAGCAGCCCAAGCCACAGCACUGCUCCGAUCCUUGGUUCCAGCCACCUCAGCAGCAGCCCUACUGGGCCACGUGCUCCGACUGGGAGCGCUGUGGAGGCCCCUGGCACCCUCCUCUGGCGGGGUUCCGAAACCCCCUUUGCCCGGGGCAAAUGAUACGGGUGUAUGGUCUGCACCCUUUCUGCCUGUGUUGUUGUUCCUGCUGGCGUGAGCCCUGGAACCCCGGCUGGAUGAGACCCCCCAGCAGGAAGAAGCGCUGGGGCCACCACCGGGGUCGCGGCGUACGUCGACACCCUGGCCGGUCCUUCCCGAGGAGCCAACAGGUCGACCUGAGCAAGCUGCUGCGGCCUGUCAACCUGUACGGUUGGCGGGCGCCUGGCAUGAGAGCGCCGAGGAACACCACCCAGUUCAUCAUGAACCAGGUCUACCAAGACAUGCGCGAGCAGGAGAAGCUGGAGCACCAGCAGGAGGCGCUGCGGGCACAGCAGGCCCAGGCUGGGGAGCUGCCCUCCCCACCGGGCUCCCCCCUAGGUAACUACGUGCCCCUUACCGGAGGCGAGGAAGAAAGUCUCUAUAGCUUACUGCAGGAUCCGUCUCUAGCCUUGAGUCCUAUCCCGGUGGAGGAGAACGAGUCUCCCUUCCUGCCAUUGUUGGAGGAAGAGAGAGAGGAGAAGAAUGAUGAGUGUGAGCAGGCAGGGUGUGAUGAAAAAGAGGAGGAAGAGGAGGAGGAGGAGGAGUCGGACACAGAGGAGGAAGAGAUGGAGGAGGAAGAGGGCCAAGAGACUGAGCAGGGCGAGGAGGGAGAAGAGGAGGAAGAGGAGGAUGGGAUGGAAGAGGAAGGCCUGGAGGAGCAGCAGCAGAGAAGGGAAGAAAAUCACUUGCCUCUGGAAAUGCCUUUAUCAAUCCUAGUUGCAGCGGAAGAAGAGCGAGAUGAUUUUAUAAACUAUUCUUAUUUAAACUCAGAGCAGAUCAUUCCCAAAGUGCCACAGGAAGCGCUAUUCAUGCUACCAGACAUUAACAAACAUCUGGAUGGGAAUUAA